CGGAGAUGGGCCGUUUCGCAACCUUCUGGUCUGUCCCCAAGGUCGAACCACCACGAAACCCCGCCACACGCCAUUCUGUGUUUGUCCAGAGUUUAGUGCGAACGUCCAUCAUCAGCUGUGAUUAUGAGAAGCUUUAUCGUCCUGGCGUGCUUUUGCGCCGUUGCGUACGCGCAAUUCGGAUCCUUCGGUCAGAACUCCGGUUUCCAACAGAACUCAAGAUUUGGAAGUUCCCAAAGCUCUUUCAGCAAUCAACAGAGCGCAACUAACAAACAGAGAGGUAGUCAACCGAGCGCAUUUGACAACCAAAGAGGUAGCCAACCGAGCGCAUUUGGAAACCAAAGAGGUAGUCAACCAAGCGCAUUUGGCAACCAAAGAGGUAGUCAACAAAGUGCCUUUGGCGGCACUCAAAAUAGAUAUCAACAACCCCAGCAAAGUGCUUUCGCUAGUCAACCAAGCAGGGGUCAAAGCGCUGGCUCCUGCCGGGAGAAGAAUGAACGCUCACCCGUGCCUGGAAGCUGUGACAGAUAUAUCGAGUGCAUCAAUGGAACCGCAGAAGAGAAACUUUGCCCCGAUGGUCUACUGUUCAACUCCAAUGUGAACUUCAACGUGUACCCCUGUCAAUACCCGAACGAGGUACAAUGCCUCGAGCGAUCAUCUCUACAGCCCCCUCAGCCGACAGAGGACUGUCCCCACCAAUUCGGUUACUUCAAGCUCGGCGACGCCAGGAACUGUAGCGGGUUCAGGACCUGCGUGAAUGGCGUGGGCUACGACCUCACCUGCCCCGAGGGAUUGGCAUUCAGCUCGGAGACGUACCGAUGCGAGUGGCCGGACACCGUCGCCGAUUGUGACGCUGAAGCUUUCCUUGGCUUCCGUUGUCCAGAUGUUCCCAUAUCAAAGGAACUGGGUGCUCCAGCUGGAUACAGGUUUUAUAGAUCUGACGUUAACUGCCAGAAAUAUUUCCUUUGUAUCGAUGGGCGUCCCCGAGUCCUCGGCUGCGGUGGAGACAAUGCCUUCGAUGAACUCACGUCCAGCUGCGUUUCAGCUGAUGAAGUAGCAGCUUGCCCCAAUGAACUAAAGGCAGCAGCCGCCCGAUCCAGGGAGGACGAGAAACAGAGACUAGCAAAAGAAUUAACUGUAAAAUCUUCACCACAACAGAAAAGAAGAUUCUAGUUUUCGUUAGUUUAAUUCUACUAUCUAUGACAUCGUGCCACAGGGACGUCGUUAAGACGCCUAGUCUAAUGCCCCAGUCAUUAAGUUAAUAUAAAUGUUACCGAUUUGCCAAAUAUGUAUUGUUUGUAAGUGAAAAGUACGACACACAGAGACCAUGACAAAAAAACAAGUAGAUUUAUUAAUUAACAAAUCUCUCAAAACUCUCAACAUCACACAACCUAAAACGAAUGUACAUACGUCCA